CAGAUCGCUCCACGCAUGCGCAGUCGAAAAACGGAAGCCUCAUCAUCGCAGAGCGGAAGUCCUUUAGUCCUUUUUCUACCACGGUCUGCCAUCAUGGUGUUCAAGCGCUUUGUCGAAAUUGGCCGCGUUGCCUUCGUUGCAUUCGGACCUCAUGAGGGCAAACUGGUGGCAAUUGUAGAUGUCAUUGACCAAAACAGGGCACUGGUAGAUGGUCCAUGCACAGGCGUGAAGAGACAGGCACUGCCAUUCAAGUGCUUGCAGCUCACUGACUAUGUCAUCAAAGUACCUCACAGUGCUCGUCAGAAGUUUGUGAAACUUGCCUGGGAAAAGGCAGAGGUCAACAAGAAGUGGGAAGAAAGCAACUGGGCCAAGAAAAUCGAGGCCAGAAAGAAGAGGGCUGCAAUGUCUGACUUUGAUCGCUACAAGGUGAUGAAGGCCAGGAAGAUGAGGAACAGAAUCAUCAAGCACGAGAUGAAGAAGCUCCAGAAAGCUGCCACACAAAAGAAAGCAUAAACUAUCCUCAAUAAAUGUUUGACUUUGAGCCACA